AUGGGGGACUCAGAGAAUGUGCAGCAAGCUUCAAGAAAGAGAGGUGCUUUGAAGCAGCUGUCUCGUGACAAUCCAGGUCUUGAUGAUUCAGUUGGACUUGAGAGUGGAACUUUCAAGAAGGCUAGUGAUGAGGUAUUGGCAAGUAGCAGAAUUGUCAGAGUUAAGCGCAAAGAGCCACCAGCAGCAGCCAAUCCAUUUGCUGGAAUCCGGUUGGUCCCUGCUUCAACCGAUGUGGGAACAAAUCCAUUUCUGCCUGAAUCAAAGUUGACUCCAGCUGUAGCAGUAGUUGAGGAUCAAAAGGCAGUUGAUUCCGAAGAGGAUGAUGAAGUUGACAGUAAGAAGGUUGGUGAUGAUAAUCAAUGUGGAAUGAAAACUGAUGACCAAGGUACUGGUGCCGAUGUAGACCAGUCGGUCUCAGGUGUUACAAACAUUAACAACGCUGUUGAAGGAACAGACGAAACGAAAGAUCCUCUUGAGAAGGUUUCAGGAGGUGAUCAGACUGAGACAAAAGAAAACGAAGGCGACGAAAGCAAAGAAGCAGAUCAGAACGGUGAUAGCAAUGGCGGUUUGAGUUCAUUCCAACAGCAUUCAAGUAGCAAAAACGCAUUCACUGGACUUGCAGGUACAGAGGCUUCUGGUUCUUCAUUCUCAUUCGGUGUAGUUUCUCAGGAUGGUUCAACUGGUUCUGGGCCUCUCUUUGGCUUUGGCCUUCCUAACAGCAUUAUCAAGAAGAGCGAAGGUAGUGCAUUCCCACCAAAGCAAGAUGUUUCCACAAAAACAGGAGAAGAGAACGAGAAAGUUGCCUUCUCGGCUGACUCGAUUAUAUUUGAAUAUCUUGAUGGAGGAUGGAAAGAACGCGGGAAAGGAGAACUCAAGGUAAACGUCUCCAGUAACGGUAAAGCAAGGUUAGUUAUGAGAGCUAAAGGAAACUACAGGUUGAUCUUAAACGCGAGUCUUUACCCGGAAAUGAAACUAGCAAGCAUGGAGAAAAAAGGAAUCACAUUCACUUGCGUGAAUAGUAUAGGCGAAGGCGAAGGCAAAGAAGGUCUCUCUACGUUUGCGCUGAAGUUUAAAGACCCGGUAAUCGUCAAAGAGUUUCGUGUAGCCGUUGACAAACAUAAAGACAGUAAACCGAUGGAAACAAAUGCUCUAUUAAAGACACCUGAGAACUCUCCUACAGCUACAGAUACUUAA